ACGUCAUCCCUGCCGCUCCGUAUUUAACUGAAUAAAUCACCUCCCUUGGACUGUGACUCAUCCCCCGGGUUAACUCCUCAUCAGUGUGCGGCGCCGCUUCUCCGGACUGGUUCCUCCUCUCUGCUGACAGGUGAAGCUCCGCGGGGUUUGUGCGUUGAACACAAGGAAACGGAAGUGAGAAGGUUCCUCAGUCGCAACGAGGGAACAUAGAGCUCUUUGUAAAACCGUUACUCGCUCAGAUUCCUUUGGACUCCCGUUCGUUAAGUCACGCAGCAACAUGUCGGACGAGGGGAAACUGUUCGUCGGCGGACUGAGCUCCGACACCACCGAUGAUUCGCUGGCCGAGGCCUUCGGUAAAUAUGGCGCCAUCGAAAACUGUGUAGUCAUCAUGGACAGAGAAACCGGCAGAUCUCGCGGCUUCGGCUUCGUGACUUACGUGAAUCCGGAGGACGCCAAGGAGGCGAAGGACGGCAUGGACGGGAAGGACCUGGACCGGCGCCAAAUCCGCGUGAACGAGGCGGGAAAAGGAGGUCGCGGCGGCGGCCGAGGCGGAGGCGGCGGCGGCUAUAGCGGAGGCCGAGGCGGCGGCGGCUACGGUAGUGGCGGCAGUGGCGGCUACGGAGGCGGCGGCGGCUACGGAGGCGGCGGCGGGCGAGGCUAUGGCGGCGGCGGCGGCCGAGGGGGCUACGGCGGCGGCGGCAACACGGGCUACAGUGGCGGCGGCGGCGGAUGGAGCUCCGGCGGCAACCGGAAUACCGAUAGAUACGGAGGCCAAUCUGACGGGAACUACUAGCGGACCAGCGGCUACUCCAUCCACAGCUCGCCCGACCGGGAAAGCUACGACAGCAGCGAGUACACACCGCCCCGGUGCGACGUCCUCACUUCGGCCCGGCUCUCAAACACGCGCCCUCCUAACAAAGAUGUCCGCGUGCUUGCUGAGCUUCGUUUUUUGUAAUUCUGUUUUUGUAGCUCGAGCAUCUUAAGAAAAAAUGUAUCCAUGAGUAUUUUUUUGUUCAUUCCUCAAAUAAACCACGUUACUAAUUCCA